AUGGACAGCAUCAAUACAAUCUCUAAAGCAAUUAUACUGCCAGAAAAGUCCGGCCAUAAAUACAAAAAGUCCUACGACUCAUUCAUGACUUGGAAAUCAGAAAACAACAUAACAUCGUAUUCAGAGGAUGUAUUACUGAAAUAUUACGAAAACCUGGAUUCUAAAUUCAAGCCAACAACCCUCUGGACAGAAUACUCGAAGCUCAAGUCGUGUUUGAUGUUUUAUAAUCAAAUAGACAUAUCGAAGUAUAAGAAAUUGACGGAAUUCUUGAAAAGGAAGAGUAACGGUUUUGAGGCGAAGAAAGCGAAGAUUUUUACCAAGGAUCAAUUGGAAAAGUUUAUUAUAGAAGCGUCUGACCAGUUUUUUCUACAUAUUAAGGUGGCAGUGAUUUUCGGCAUCAUGGGCGCAUGCCGUCGCCAAGAACUCUACAAUCUAAAAGCGAAAGACGUCAUCGACUCACAUAACACGCUCACUGUCCGUAUUGUGAACUGUAAUACCAACCAAAUAGAUCGUAAAUUCACCAUAAGCGGACCGUACUACGACAUUUGCAAGAAAUAUAUGGAUUUACGCCCACGCGCAGCAAAGAUAAACAAUUGUUUCUUUUUGAGAUACUUUGAUGGGCGUUGUCAUGGUCAGAAGGUUGGAAUCAACAAGUUUGGGGCUAUGGGGACAGUUGUCGCUAAAGAGUUAAAACUGUCUAAUCCAGAGUUGUAUACGGGGCAUUGCUUUAAAAGGACUUCGGUUGACUUGAGAAAGAGUUGGCCGCCAUUGUCAGAGAGUUGUACAAAUACUUUGAAGACGGAAAAUGAUAGUUUGACUGGAAAGUUGAGGGUAAGUUUCGCCAAAGAGAAUAUAUAG